AACCUCUAAGCUCAGCCCAAUGCCUCGUCUCUCACGCAAAACGUAUCUCUCAGCAGCCGUCAUUGUGUAAGCUCAUCUCGUCCCACGCGUAUCUAAAACUAGCUGGCCAUCAUGAGCAGGAGGCCAGUUCAAUCAUCACCCAUGUCGGCCGCAAGGUUCGCAAAGGACGAUGUGGACAAUGAGACAAAGUGGUGGCAGGAGUACCCAAGAAGCAACUAUGUCGAAAGAGCCCGGGCCCAGAACAUGUACGACAAUUAUAUCACAAAUAUAUGGAUGAAGCCAAAACAGCUGGCCCGCAGUGCUAGCUUCACCAAUUUGACUUAUGUAAAGGAUGCCGUUCACGACUAUCCCAUCAAGAAAUCCGAUUCUGUUUCGUCUCUUGCGCCAUCACUUGCCCUACCACAAUAUUGCAGAGAAGCUCAACGUAUAGUGCAUACCGUGCCGGUGUACAAGCCUCAUACGGACAACUGGUACAAUGGCAGCUAUUCCGCAGCCAGAUUCAGGGAUACACACAAUGAAAUAAGCCGUCCCUACAAACCUGCUGUGCAUUACGUGACUCCAGCAUCAUCGCAUGUGCCAUAUUAUACUUUCCAGACAAAGAGGAUCUUUUUCAAUGAGAAACUGAGAAACAAUCAACCGUACCUAGCUGAAUCGCAGAAGUAUUUGGAUCGCUAUGUUGGAGCAAGACUUAAGGCUGAUGACUUUGCUAAUCGCUUCGCAUAUUCCGCGUAUGAAUGGAGAAAGCCACAGGAUCACGCGUUCAACAGACACUUCAUGUAUGAUCAAGGAGUCACAGCGUUUACACCUACCGGAAAUCCUGUAUCCUUCUAUGACAAGCAGGCAUUGCGAAGAUUGUACAAGUUGACCGGACGAUUCUACUUCUAAUCCUCUUCCUACUUCUUUCAGUACUUUCUCACCCCUAGACUUUCUUUCUAAUUCCUUUACUUGCUCAUGAAUGGGAUGCUGCCGCUAGUAUCUGUAUCGGUCCCAAAUGUUUUGUACGUUAUCAAAGAUUAUUGUUUAUAUUUGUCAGUGGUAAGAUAUCUGGAGAAAGCUCGAAGAAUGGAAGAGGUUAAUACAUGCACUUUACUAUCAAAUGAGCGAAAUUUUAAUAGUGGUCAAGAAUGACUACAUUCUGUCGAAAUUCUCAAUUUGCCUUUCACUGAAACUAUGAGAAUGGUGU